AUGUCGCGCAAAAAGGGAAAGGGAAAGGGCAAAGGCUCCGUGAAGAACACCCCGCAGCGAACGCCCGCCAAACGCCACACGUCCCAACCAUGGCCCACGCACGAGUCAACACCCAGAUUCUCCCUCAUGGACGAAGCACGCCACACGGGCAUGUCAAACCACCGCACUGCCGCCUUCGAGACCGGCAAGAAGCUGCGCCAAAUGCCCAUACAGUUCGUCAGCGCUGGCCAUCUGGAAGGCACCAUCAAGAAGGACCUACUUCCUGCUGAACUGGCCGUGUCUGAAUCUGACAACGAUUCGCCCGCUCCCUCCUCUCCUUCCUCGACCCAAGAGAACACCGACGCCAUGGCGCACAUGGCAAUCCGAAGCCCGUCGCCUGCCGCCUCGGACACGUCGUCAAGCUCAGAUGAGGUUGUCUUCAAGGGCCGUGGACCAGUGUCGCAACUUCACUCUGCUCCCCUCGACGCGUUCCAGCCAGCACCAAGAGAGCCGACCCAUUCCAAAAUUCUACCGCCGGCGCCCACGACGUCUACAACAACUAAACUAGCUGUGCACGUUGCUGUUCCAGCCAUGGACCUUCAAGAGACACCGCAAACCCGUACUACACAACUUCCGGCUGCCUCGGCCGCCGUCGAGACCACACUUCCUGCACUGGACCCAAAAUUCUCGGCAGAGGCGACCAUUCGAACCAAGGCCAACCCCGUCGUAGUUGCAGCUGACUCCUCGGACUCAGAUGGCGUCGUUGAAGAUCCUUUUGCCAAGCGGCGAGGCGGCAGACCCGUAUGGGAGGGUAUGACCACGCCAUGGGAGCACAGGAGCAAGCCAAACAUCGGCUGGCUGCCCGUUGGGGAUCGGCCGGACAUGGAGGCCUUCUUGCGUGGCCAAGUCAAUCCGCGAGAUGCAGCCAUGGAUGACUACAUGCAGAACAUGGAAGAUUUCGGGCUCACGGGUGACAUGAUGGCUGCCUCUGGUUUCGCGCGCCGCGAAAUGGACCUCGAUGCGGGAACCCACAACGACUGGGAGUCAGCAUCAGGCAGUCAGCAUGAAAGCCAAGGCCGCGAUCAACGAGAAGAAGCUCAAGGUAUUGAUGGCUGGGACUCUGACAUGCUUCAAGAUCUCGAGAAUUUGAGCACGUCUUCCGAUGUCAUGGACACUGUUGUGCGCAUACUGUCCAAGCGCACACGAAAUGGUGGUCCACAAUAUCUAUGCGUCUACGAGGGCUCGGUUGUAGACGAUGCUCACUGGCUGCCGGGGACUUUCUUGAAGGGUUCAGGCGAGAAAAGGUUGGUUCGUGCGUUCGAGGAGGAGGCAUUCAUGCGGGAGUUGGAGUUUAGUGACAGCGAAUCCACAGACGACGACAAGGAUGAUGACGAAGAGGAGGAAGAAGACGAAGACGAAGAAGAGCUCGACGACGAGACGAUUGCGAGGGUGCUACAGAAACAAGAAGAGCUUGGUCUCGGGUCCGAUGAGCUGCUCCUGUAUGGUGGCGAUAAUUACUUCAGUGGCCAUACCAAUACCGUAUUGACUAACCGCAAUCAUGGUCGGGGACACAGGAAGCAAAAGGCACGAGGACGCAACAAUCGCGACCCGACCUUUCCCUCUGCAACUGCCAUGGCCGAUGCUCUUGCCAUGGACCCGUACGGAGGGUUCGACAUCAUGGAUACCGAGAGACCAUCGCUCAAGGCGAAGAAGAAGGAACGACGUGGCCAGAUGCCACCCGAACUGGACGACUCAGACCUGAACGAGCAGUUGCAAAACGCGUGGGAGGCCGAUCGUAUGAAGAAGCGUCUGAAGAAGGCAGAACGUGAAGAGCUGCGCCAGCAGGGACUAUUGGGCAGGAAGGGAAAAGGUGCCAAUCUCAAAGUCAAAUACUCUGGUGGGGUUACCAUGGAAGACGUCGUCGAGGAAAUCCGCGAAUUCUUGCUGGGCGAUAGCCAGAGCAUGUCACUCCCGCCUAUGGACGCACACCGCCGUGCCACCAUACAUCAAGCUGCCAAGUUCUUCGAACUCUCUUCGCGCUCACGUGGCGAUGGACAAGAUCGUUUCACCGUACUUUCAAGGACUUCUCGCACUCGAACAUAUACGGAUGCCGAGUUCGACCGUGCAAUUUCCCAUCGAGGCUUCGUGAAGCGCCUUCGCGGACCUUUGCAAGGCAAGAACGGUGGUGGACCGUCACGAGCUGCGAUCUUCCGCUCCGGACCUCGCACCCGCCCUCAGGUCGGUUACCGCGACGGUGAAAAGGUUGGUGCGAAUGCUCCAGAGUUGGGCCCAGAAAACAAAGGACAUGCCUUAAUGAUGAAAAUGGGCUGGUCGAAGGGGAUGGCGUUGGGCACUGAGGACAACCAGGGCAUUCUUCAUCCCAUCGCGCAUACAGUCAAGACGAACAAGGCUGGUCUACAGUAG